AUGUUGAGUCCUUGCGCCCAUCGGGCUGCCCUGCUUGACUUGCUCACGUCCUCGGCAGCCGAAUCACAGGAGAUGGAGAAUGAGAGGGCUGGGCUGCAGGCGGAUCCCAUGCAUGUCGACCCCGCACAGGCGCGGCAUCCGUAUGUCCCCUCACUGCGACUGGCUCGCAGACCUUCGUCAUCUUUCGUGCAGGAGGAGGAGCGAGCAGUAGACAACACGACGCCGGGAACCUUUGCGGCGGCCGCGGCAGCAGCGGCGCCGUCAGUCCACUCGUACCCUCCUGUGGCCCCGGUGAAGGGGGCUGCUCCCAUAUCAGCAAGCCACUGUGUGAUCGAAGACAGCGUGCUUCGUCUGGGAAACGCACAGGCGCGAUCGGGCGCCGCCUCGAGUCACGGACUUUUUACGGCGCACGAAGGUGUGGCCCGUCAGCCGACCUCUGGGGUGACAGUCGUGGAGGAGGAAACAGGCCGGUCUCUUAUCCUGAGCUUCAUUGACAACUGCAUAUGCGCCGGCGUGCCAGAGGCCGUGAUCGCGGAGCAGGUGCAGUUCAUAGUGUCCUCCAUGAAGGAGUCCCUCGCUCUCCACGCCGCUCUGCAUGCGCAACAGCACAAGGAUCGCAUUCGCGAGUACGAGGUGAGUGAGCUGACGGCAAUGCUGGAGCGUCAGCAACUGCAGUUUGCGCAGCAGCACCCACAAAUGGCACCACCUGUCCUAGACGCUGCCCUUUCCCUCUCCGCAUCCUCCCAAAUCCUUGCUGCUUCCCCAUCGAUGAGCUACGCGCCGCUGCCACAGCAGCAGCAGCAUGCGCCGGAGGUGCGCUCGACAGCGGAGUGGAAGGUCGGUGCAAAGCCGCUCCACUACAUGUCCAUCUCUCGACGGCUUUCAGACGACCUAUGUGUGGCUUCCGCUACCACAGACAAGCCCCCGCAACACUGCGCCGACAACGGGCGGCCCUUGCCGUCGUCCCGACGCGCGAGGAGCCAGGCAGCGCACAUGGUGAAUGACAGAGAUGGAAGCUCAUCGGCAGUGCCCGUCUUCUCUUGGCGUCCGCGCACGCCGGCGCACGUCUCAACCACAGAGACGCCGACGGCCCCCGUUGCGCGGUCUAAGGAGAACGCCGGCGGUGGUGCAGCCGCAGUGAGUAGCAGCACUGGCCACGCUUGCGCGCAGCCCCACACCCGCUCGCCGCCUUCGCGCGCGACCUCCGCGUCGCACCGAUCGUCUCGGGCACGCGACUCUUCGUGCCAUCACCACCCCCGUCACAGCCGCUAUCACAAACUGUGCAGUGUCUACUAUCCAAGCUCGCCAUCAUCACAGCCUCCCUCUACCCCUGUGGCACAAGCAGCGGAGAUGGCCGCCUCCCCCGUCGAUGAUAGGCCUGCUUCCCAGCGGCGCAGCCCAAUGGCAGAGUGGCGGCAGUGGUAUACCCCCUCACAGCGCUACAUGAGGCCGACGCACACCAGCCGGGCACGGCGGGAGUCAAAGCCGCCAUCGCUGUCGCCCUCCCGCAUCAAUCCGCCAGCGGUGACCCGCGGUCUUCGCGACGAGGGGCAUGUGAAGCGUUCAUCUUUGCGGUGGGGCAGCAGUGACAACGCCGCGCUCUCUACGCAGGGAGCCGCGUCUGCAGUCACAGGACACCGCGCAACUGUGCAGAAAUUGCUUGUCCGAUCCACCCACAGCAGCCGCCUUCGCGCGGCGGCAACUUCGCGGCGGCAAACUGCGCCCUCGGUGUUGGCAUCAAGGGCGUCGUGCGAGAGUGAGGAUGAGCUAAACGAGCUUGGCAGCCCGGACACACCUCACGCUCAGGAAUCAGUCGCACCGUGCGCAGCCGCAGUUGCGGAUCACUCCCUCCGCGCGACUCCGGCGCAGAUGCCCACUUCGGUGGUGCGUGUCGAUCCGUCGUCGGGGCCACCGCCGCCGUCCCCCUCUCCUGGUGCGUCGAACCCAAACGAGCCCCGAAGAUGCGCUCGUCUCUCCAUCGACCCCGAGUCCACCCUCGAUACCACCGGCAGCACCCGCGGCGGUGGAGACGGGGAGGUCGAAACGUCGCUGAAUGCCGCUGCGGUGACGAACGCUGCGCCAACUCGAGGCGGCAGCGAGACGCCCCCAGCUUGUUCAGCGGCGCCAUCGCCUGCAUCGUCGUCAAUGCCGGCAGCCGCCGUUUCCGCUUCCACGGCGCAGAGGUCGGCACCCUCACAAAUCACGUGCGCAGCAGUGCAAGAGGGGCAGCCGGAACACCACCACUAUCUGAAGGGUCAAAAGCCUCGACCUCAUCGGCCGCCGCCUCCACCUCAGCCACGGUCGAGCUCCAGAGAUGCAGGCUCCGCGCUAAGCCUUGCCGCAUCUGCGGCGGCCGUUGUGGACGACGACUGCAGCGAUGCCAGCGUGUGCGUCACCAGUCCUGAACUGCAGCUCUUCAUGGAGCUCAGCCAGCGGCAGCUUCGGGAGACGAAGCGGGUGCUGGCGCAGGUGCCCACGCCGUCGCGUACUGCCUCCGUCCCGCACCCCUGCCAAAGCCCCUCGCCGAUGUCCAUCGUCGACGAGUCGCACUCGGGCGCACUGCGAGACCGUACCGCCGUCUCUUCCUGUGCACCUUACUCUGUUGAUGCACAACAGACCCCCCUGCUCGCCAAAAGCUGGUCCGACCGGUCGCUGGACGCCGUGCGGGCGCGACAGCAGCAGCGGCUCGCGGAUCUUCGCCGACGCUUCAGCAGCUACGACACAGCCUCGAGCGACACCAUCUCGAAGAGCCCUCACGCUCUGCCUCAAAGGGUCACUCGUGCGCCUUUGUCUGCGUCUGUGGUGGCUGAGGCGCCGCAUGAUCUACAGGAGUUCAGCUCCGUCAUCUUCCAGCCUCACUAUGUGCACUCCGCCUCGGUUGAGAACUCACCGCUGGUUCAGAUUUCUCCGACCUCGUCGGACGAGAGCAUGCGCGACGGCUGCGUGUAG